AUGCCGCCUCGUCCCCAGCCGCCACCGGCGGCGUACAAGCACUUCUGCAGAGUCUGCAACAAGGGGUUCACGUGCGGCAGCGCGCUCGGCGGGCACAUGAGGGCCCACGCCGUCGCCGACGACGGCCCGGGCGCCGACGACGACGACGACGAUCCCGUGUCGUCUGCGCGCGGCGGGGAAGAUGGGCCGUCCACGGCAGGAGCAGCGACGACGCACGUCUACGCGCUCCGGGCGAACCCUAACCGCCUCACCAGGGGCUGCCAGGUGUGCAAGAACUGUGGGAAGGAGUUCUCUUCGAUGGAGCUUUUCCUGGAGCACGGCAAGUGCACCUCGGGGGAAGAGGAGGACGCCGACGGAUCGUCGCCUCCGUCCGUGGCCGACGAAGAGGAGGACGCGUCGCUGGCCUCUGGGUGGUCAAAGGGGAAGCGCUCGCGCCGCGCCAAGUCGAUCGCUGGCGGAGGCGAUGAUACAAUGCCCGGGCCGUCGACGGCGCCGUCUGGCGAGGACGAGGAGGAGGACCUGGCAAAUUGCCUCGUUAUGCUCUCGUCGUCCAAGGCCGAUCAGGCUAGCGCCGCCGCCGAGGCCGACCCAGAGCCAUGCGCGCCGGCCAGCAAGGAACACGGGAGAAGGCCUCAUCCACAGCCGCAGCACUUCCCGAUCGUCGUAGCGGCGCCGGAUCAAGCGAUAAUGCUGCCCCUGGCGUUGCCAGCACCGCAACCGCAAUACGCCUCGCCCCUGCCACGCGGCUUGUUCGAGUGCAAGGCAUGCAAGAAGGUGUUCACUUCUCACCAAGCUCUCGGCGGACACCGUGCCAGCCACAAGAAGGUCAAGGGCUGCUUCGCUGCCAACCCCGAGAGCAGCGUCGGUGGAACACCUCACCACCACGCAGCGGCCGCCGGUCCCAGCGAUGAAAAGGGUGAUGCCGCCGCCGUCGAUGUCAUCCACGCAAGUGGCAGCGUUGAUGCCAGGACAAACGCCGAUGCCAGCACCGGUGGCGACACGAACGCCGGGACGAGCGGGGCCACGCCAUCCCUGUCAAUGGCCAUCACGACCACCGACCAUGAACCGCCGGUCGCGGGGUUGGCCAUUGCACCGUUCAAGAAGAAGGCCAAGAUGCACGAGUGCUCCGUGUGCCACCGCCUCUUCGCCUCUGGUCAAGCGCUCGGAGGCCACAAGCGGUGCCACUGGCUCACUUCGGGGACAGGGGAUCACGCCAACAUCACAUCCCUGACAGCCGAAGGCCUGGUCGCCGCUGCCGGCCAGCAGCUCACUCUCCGGCCAAUGAUGGACCCUCCAGAGCCGGCGCUAGACCUCACCAUCGCGGCCAACCCGUUGCCGUUGAUGGCCAGCGCGACGGUCGCCGAGGCCGGAACCAGCUCGCUGCACCUUGACGCGUCCCCGUCGCUCUACUUCCAGCCAGCGGCGGCACCAAGCAAUCCCAGCCACCAGAACAAGAUGGCCGCGACGAGCAGCCACAACGCUAACGACGCUGCUACUCCCCGCGAGGCCGCCGAGGACGAGGCGGACAGCACUGCCGUCAAGAAGGCCAAGCUUAGUGAUCUCAAGGACGUGAGUGCAGCGGGGGAGACGACGCCGUGGUUGCAGGUCGGCAUUGGCUCCUCGUCGGCCGGUGGUGACGGGAAGAGUGCCUGCGAAUGA